CUACUGCUAUUACUACUACUAACUUUCGGCAGUCGGCAUUGCGUCUUUAUGUCCAUCAUUACAGCGUAACGAGACAUAUAUUUAACAUAAGUAAAAUGGUUGACCAAGUUGCAAAAGCCGCCAUACAAAUGUACAGGCACACAGAAAGGUGUAUAUUCAACCUAUUACGCAAUUUUUACCCGGGUGCUCAUCAAGAAAUUGGAUGGGUUACAUGUGACAUUCCUCAUUACAAAGAUUCCAACACCCUAGAAAGAUCCCCAGAAAGAUCUAUUGAGGAUGGCUUUUUAUGGACAGCACCAAGGGAUAGGAGAAGCAGAGAACGAAGAUUGACAAGGAAAUUUGGAAGUGAGAAGGGAUAUUAUAAAAUGCUUCCUGUAUUGAAAUUGCUAACCUGUGACAAUUGUGGUCAUGCACACGAAGCAGGACGUUUAUGUCCUAAUUGUUACAGCAAAAACAAGGACUUGACUACAGCAAUGCAAGAAAGCCAGAAUGCAACUCAAGGUCUUGCUCCCAUUGAGCAUGAAGUCUUUCCCGUAUUUAAAGGAGAAAAAGUGGAUGCUGAUGGUAAAUUUUUCAAGGGAAUGCAAAUUGUAGAGGUUCCUAAAGAUCGACCACAGUGGUUUUCUCGCAGACUGACCCAAAAAUCAAAUGUAAUGCCAUCAGAAGGCUCUUCUUUGAAGGAAACUAGUUCCUUAGGGUAAUUUGCUCUUAACUCAGCUGGGAAUAGUACCAUUUUUUUUUUUACGUUAAUGGCAUAGUAUUGUCUGGUUGAAUGUAUGACUGCAUUGUUCAUAAAAGUGUCAUUUGUAAAUAUAUAUGAAAAAUAAAUAUAGUAAGAAGUAAAA